AUGGAUGACAACCUGGAUGAUGAAGAUAUUAAGCCUGAUGACAGUGAAGGUGCUACAAAGACUCCCUUAAGCACAGCAAUUCAACGUAUAUCACCACCGUCCACCAGCAUUGACAGCCGCGAGGCUCUGGACGCCGAUGAAUCUUGUACCAAAUGCUCCAAGCCUGACGAUCAGACAGACGAAGUUACCUGGGUCUCUGGCCAUGAGCUAGCAACAAUAACUAAUUGGCCACGUUCUCCAAUGAGGGUUGGAGAGAUAAAACGCAAAUUACUGGAGAUAUGCUGUCUCGUUUUCUUGGCACUCAUUGCUGUAAUGAUAUUGUGUGAGUAUAAUCUUACAGCUCAAACAUUGCAACCAUUAACCUUCCGCAUUUUAGUAUUUGCACUGCUUUCCGCGAGCGUGCAUGAUACAUACCCUGGACGAAUGACAAGAUACUUCCCAGGGAAGCCUGUAAUGCUCACCAAUAUCUCGAACAUUAAUGGAACGGAUCAUGACGUGUUUCUGGGAUCCAGCGGAAACUUCGACUAUAUUCCUAUUGCGACACACAAUUUGAACCAUAGGGUUCUUCAAGCCGCCAAAUUGAGUCCAACAAUUUGUCCAAUAGCCUUUUCGGCAAUUGUUGGUAGUUUCUUGCGAAAUUUGUCCCAUUGGAAAGCUCAGAAAGGAUCCAAACUUCAAACUUUAGAACUCCUUAUCAAUUCUAGAUCUCUGUUUAACACAAUAUCGACUACGGUGGCAUUACAAUCUCUUCAAUGGUUGAACAUUAUUCUCAUUCUUUUAUGGUGUUUAUCUCCAUUGGCUGGCCAAGCGUCCCUGCGAAUACUAGAGACAAGACAAGUUUCCAAUGCACAGUACUCAAUACCAUGGAGUGUAUUGAACAUCGUAGACACAGGGGCGAACGACUCAUCAUAUACUGGGAUGGCGGAUAAAGCUUUGGAUCUUCAGCAAUCAUGGCUGUUAUCGUUGACAUUUGGCGCCCAAAAUCAAGACCAGUUGUUCAGUAAAUCCAAUAUUUCAGAUAUGCUGUUUCCGGUGCUGCCCAUCGAUGGUUCUAAUAUGGAUCGCAUAAUGGAAGGAGGGUUGGCUCCUCUCAAUCUGUCUUCCUUUGCAGGUGCAUAUAUCUAUUGUGGGCUUAACAGGAUGUACCAAGUCCAUGAUACACUACUCAGCCGCUACAUAGCGAUAUGCAGCGGAAACCUGACAUAUCCCGUCUGGAAGCGGAUUGGAUGGUCUAGAUAG